AUGGCGAGCGCAGCUGGAGGCGGAGCGGCGGGGGAAGGGGAGUGGCUCAAGGUCGCCCAGCUCAGGGCCAUGGAGGUGGACAACCUGACGCUGCGUCGGUUCCUGCGUGCGCGCGACCACGACGUGGACAAGGCCUCCCCCAUGUUCCUCAAGUGGCGGAGGGAGGCGGCGCCCGGCGGCUCCGUGCCGGAGGAGCAGGUGAGGAAGGAGCUGGCGCAGGACAAGGUGUGCAUGGGCGGCGUCGACAGGGCCGGCCGCCCCUUCCUCGUCGCCUUCCCCGCCAGGCACUUCUCCGCCGGCCGUGACAUGGCGGAGUUCAAGAGUACGUACGCACUUGUGGUCACCAUGCUGGACAGCUGCUCCACCCAUGGCUCCCUCCUUGGUCCUUUGCUAACAUUUGUGACACCAAAUAAACCCGGCGUCAACCUGAACCGUACCUGCCUGAGCACAGUUAGCUGUUCUUGUGCAGGUUUUGUUGUCUACUUCUUCGACAAGAUCUGUGCCAGAAUCCCCAGAGGGCAGGAGAAAUUCCUCUGCAUCGUCGAUCUCAAGGGCUGGGGCUACUCAAACUGGGACAUCCGGGCAUACAUUGCGGCUAUAGAGAUCAUGCAGAACUACUACCCGGAGCGGCUCGGCAAGGCGCUGAUGAUCCACGUGCCCUACAUCUUCAUGAAGGCGUGGAAGAUGAUCUACCCCUUCAUCGACACCAACACCAGGGACAAGUUCGUGGUCGUGGAGGACAAGAGCCUGCAGGAGACGCUGCGGCGGGAGAUUGACGAGAACCAGCUCCCGGAGUUCCUCGGCGGGAAGAUGGACGUGAUCCCUCUCAAGGACUAUGGCGUGCAGGUGCAGCAUCCUCAGGCCGUGUGA